GCUCUCGCCAUGUUGGUUUUGUGAAACCAGGCGUGACCAGAUUUGGACGAGAGUCUCAUGAAGUCAUUGCCGAGCAGCCACUCAGUGCCGGGCUGAAGCUGAAGGAGCGCUGUGGGCUCCACACUUCAGGAUCUCUGGAGCCACGGAGGACUCCUCAGCCAGCUGCACAGUCCGUUCAGGUUCACAGCCGCAGCAGUCCCUGUUCAGCCCGCCCGCAUGGACAUACCACCAACCCCGACAGCAUGCACAUCUAACAGCUCCAACAACACCGUCUUUUGUCUCGCCUGAGGGGGAAAAAAGUCUGCAAGAUCACUUUCCUUGCUCCGCUGAGGUGGACCGAGCGUCAAAGGAUUUUCCCCCCUCUUCUUCCUUUUUCACCAAGCUCGUUUCACUCUUUCCCCCCCGUCCAUCUCUCGCAUUGUUUGACUUUUUUUUUGUCCUUGGAAAAAAAAGGCUGUUUCCACGAGUCUACCUGCUCGCCCAGCACCCAUGAAUUCGGACAAAAAUGUGUACCUCGGCAGAGACAAAGGCAUCAUGCGGAAGAGAGCGUUGCUCCUUCGGAAGGGUUGCAGCUUCGAGAUUACCAGCUCUGCCUCGGAGGACUUGGGCUGCAGGCGUGGAGACUUCAGCAGGAAACACUAUGGUUCAGUGGAGCUGCUAAUUUCCAGUGACGCAGAUGGGGCCAUUCAGAGGGCAGGACGCUUCAGGGUGGAGAAUGGCUCGUCAGAUGAGGCUUUGGACUACACGCCGGGAACCUGGAGGAGAACUGAUGUCCAUCUGGAGAAUCCAGAGUACCACACCAGAUGGUUCUUUAAAUACUUCCUGGGAAAAGUCCACCAGAACUAUGUGGGCACAGACGCAGAGAAGAAUCCCUUCUACCUGUCAGUCGUCCUCUCAGACCAGAACAACCAGCGGGUUCCUCAGUACAGAGCCAUCCUCUGGAGAAAGACGGGCACUCUGAAGAUCAGCCUCCCCUACAGCCCGACCAAAACACUAUCAGUCAAGUCCAUCCUAAGUGCAAUGAACAUGGACAGGUUUGAGAAAGGCCCGAGGGAGAUCCUAAACCCGGAGAUUCAGAAGGAUCUGCUGGUGUUGGAGGAACAGGAGGGUUCUGUCAACUUUAAAUUUGGCGUCCUGUUUGCCAAAGAUGGACAGCUCACAGAUGACGAGAUGUUUAGUAAUGAGACGGGGAGUGAGAGCUUUGAAAAGUUUCUCAAUCUGCUGGGUGAUUCCAUUACGCUGCAGGGAUGGGCAGGUUAUCGCGGAGGGCUAGACACCAAGAAUGACACUACAGGAAUAAAGUCCAUCUACACAGUGUAUCAGGGCCAUGAGCUCAUGUUCCAUGUGUCCACCAUGUUACCCUACUCGAAAGAAAACAAACAGCAGGUGGAGAGAAAGAGACACAUUGGAAAUGACAUUGUUACUAUAGUAUUCCAGGAAGGAGAUGACGCAUCGUCGUCCUUCAAACCGUCUAUGAUCCGAUCGCACUUCACCCAUAUUUUUGCAUUAGUUAGGUAUAAUUGCCAGAAUGACAGUUACAGGUUGAAGAUAUUCUCAGAGGAGAGUGUUCCACUGUUUGGACCCCCUCUCCCAUCUCCGCCUGUGUUUACUGAUCACCAAGAAUUCAGGGACUUUUUAUUAGUCAAAUUAAUCAAUGGAGAGAAAGCCACACUGGAGACGCCAACGUUUGCCCAGAAGCGUCAGCGGACCCUUGACAUGUUGAUCCGCUCGCUCUACCAAGACCUCAUGCCUGACCUGCACAAGGUUCCUUUUUCUCCCCAGAACAUGUUAAACCGGCGGUCCUUCAGCGAUGUGCUGCCCGAGUCUCCAAAGUCGGCACGCAAGAAGGAGGAGGCACGGCAGGCCGAAUUUGUCAGAAUAGGGCAGGCUCUGAAGCUAAAGACCAUUGUGAGAGGAGACGCCCCAACUAGCCUUGUUACCACCGGCCUGUGCAGGAAAGAGCCAUGGGAGUCCCAGUCCUUCUGCAGCACAUUCCCCUACGAGAUUGUGUGUGCCGACUCCUGGGGUCAGUCUCUGCUGGCUGCCACCGACGCUGCGGGGGUCAUGCUGCUAGAUGGCCCUGAUCCAGCUUUGUCCAACGCUGAGACACAGACAGUGCCCCCGGUGCAGGUGUUUGACAGAACCAUGGUGGUGAAGCAGGUGCACGUUCUCGAGCCUCAGGACCUGCUUAUCACCAGGGCUGACAAAGGGAAGGACGCUCGGCUCUAUGUGUACAGACUGAGCGCGCUCAAGAGAGGCCUGGAGGAGAAGCUCGUCAGAAGCAAGUGUGACAGCCGGGAGAAUAAACUGGAGAAAACUAAAGGCUGUCAUUUGUACUCCAUCAACACCCACCACGGUUCAGAGCUGAGGAUAGUAGCAGCCAUCAGGAACAAACUCCUCCUCAUCACCAGGAAACAUCCACGUUUUGAGGGCUUCAGUGCUGUCGCAUCAGGAGCGGACUCACCAGUGGAGGAGUUCCAGUACAUACGGGAGAUCUGUCUGUGUGACCCGCCGGUGGUGAUGGCGCUGGUGGACGGGCCAACGGGGGAAAAUGACAAUAUGAUCUGUGUGGCCUACAAACAUCAGUUUGACCUGAUCAAUGAGAGCACUGGAGAUGCCUACCGGCUACACCAUGUAGACGCCAACAGGGUAAAUUUUGUAGCAGCCAUCGAUGUGUAUGAAGACGGGGAGGCGGGUCUGCUGCUGUGUUACAACUAUAUUUGCUACUAUAAGAAAGUUUGUCCAUUCAACGGCUCCACACCGAUGAUCCAGUCCAACACCUCCGACUUCCACUUCAGCUGGAACCAGAUGCCAAAUGCUAUUGUUUGUGCAUUUCCUUAUAUCCUGGCCUUCACGACGGACUCCAUUGAGAUCCGACUGGUGGUCAAUGGCAACCUUGUGUACACAGCAGUCGUCCCAGAGCUUCAGUUGACUGCUUCUCGGUCGGACAUUUAUUUUGUUUCAUCGGCUCCGGUGAGCUCAGCCUCCAACUGCAGUUCAAGAGACACCAGUUCCCAGAGUUCCCCGCAGACGCCUACGGGCUACGAGAUGCCCGUGUUCCCUUCGCCGCUCGGUGAUGAUUCUAUACGGAUCCCCUAUGGUACCAAGCUUUCCCUGUACAUGUCUAAGGAUGCCGAAGGUGAAUCACCAUGUAAGCACAUGUACAGGAUCCCCCUGUGUAACUUGGUGGGCCGCAGCAUUGAAAGACCACUCAAGUCCCCUCUGGUCAACAAGGUGCUGACGGUGCCGGCCCCUGCCAUGGUGCCCCCGGCUCCCCUCAUCUCCGCCACGCACUCGCUUUCACUGUCACGCAUGGAGAUUAAAGAGAUAGCCAGCCGCACACGGAAGGAGCUGCUCGGCUUGACAGAGGAACCAAGUGGAAAGUCAGACAGUGGAACAGUCAAACAGAGGAAGAUGAGCAAGAAGAACACAGAGGAAGACCCCAAAGCACGAGCACUGACGUCAACAAACAGUGACAGGUUAGCCUCAGAGUCUGUUGAAACAGACCUGGACGUGCAGCUGCAUUGUUCAUCGAGUUCGGAGGCUGAGCCAGAGAAGGUGGUGCUGCGAGCAGAGAGCCCGCCUCUCGCCAGCGCGUUUGGCCUUUCCACAUCCUUUGAGGAAGAUGUCCUGGACCUUAAAUGAAGACAAUCCCACCGUGCACUUCUCUUCCUGCCCACUCCCGUACUGUCACCAUUAUUUUAUUGUUUUGGUUGGUUUGCUUUUAAUUUGUUGUUUGUUGAAUUCUGUUUUUGUUGUUUCUUGGGUCUCCCCAUUCAUCGGAGUAGAUGGGUGCAGUGGGAGUUAGAAGAUGUGUCUGUGUGCGUUCGUUUUCGCGAGCAGUCCUGCAGCCACUGUUUGUUGGGUGUUUGUGUUGCCCCGCAGCAAAUAACCCAAAGAGGCGGUAAGGUUGUGUACGAUGCCGUGGUUUAUUCAGAGUUCUGCAACAGCCUUGAGAUAAUGGUUUGAUCCCAAACCACAAACUGAAUGUAAAUUUGCGCACCGAGGCACGACAACAAUCUCUGCGUUCCCAAUGCCCUCUGAAGUUGCUUAAAUAUGUCUUGUAUAUUAUGUGAUUAUUUCCGAUCCACUUUCAGAUGUUGUAUGGUAUGCAUAUGUAUGUGUACAUCUGUUUAUACAUGAAAAUGCACACACAGUGACGGGCGUGUAUGCCUGUCAUGCCUGUGCUGCAUAUUUAUAGAUAUAUUAUAAAAAAAAAUCAAUUUUAUUCCCAUAUUUAGUAAAAGAUGUUUUAUGCUCUCUGCACAUAUUAGUCCUCGUUCCUCUCCUUAUUCACAGUAUACAGGUAGACAGGGCUGGAGGCAAAGUCUCCCACAAGUGCCAUUUCCCAGCAUCCUCCACUGAUCCAACCUCUAACAGCCACCGUGUUCUGGUGUCUGACAGUAGCAGCCAUGAUUGUAGUCCAUGUUAGAUUACUAUGGUGACCCCGCAUACAGUUUGAAUAAAUUCACUAACAGGAGGCAUUCUAUCACAUCCACUCAAAUGUUACCCCAUAAGGAUGAGACAUCCUUAAAACUGCAUGACCUGCCUUUGCUGCAUGUAUUGUGACAAAAAAAAAAAAGCUUCUUUGGAAACCACGAGGGCUGCAACAUCAUACCAAGCAUAACAGCAAAAAGCAAACCACAGCCGAAGAUGAUAGAGAAAGUGUGGAUGUUUUAUUAGACUGUCAUGUAAGCUGCCCCGAGGCACGUACAGCAAAGGAUUUGAAGCCAAAAAAAUUUUCUAGACAAAACUUAAGUUAAAAUAUAGUGUAUUGUCAUGAACCAAAAUGGUAAAAACUGAAUUUAGUCAAAAAGGGAAAAGCAAAAACCAGCUUGAAUACUAACUGCACUAAAAUAAAGCAAAAUAUUUUUAUUUUUGUUAUUUCAUGAUUGUGGAAGGAGCAAAAGGAAAAUAAUUUCUGAAGUUAGUCCCAAUUAUUGAAACAUUAAUGUAGAAAUUUUAAAAUAUAUAUUGUUUAUAUUGCACAAUAAACCAUUUCAAAUAUUCUGAAUUAAUAUAGUUCUACCUUUUAGGGACUAAAACAAACAAAAAACAUUAAAAUUAACUAAAACUUAAAAGUGUAGAAAAUGGAAACCAGUAUAAAAGGAAUAACCUAUUAAAAUUAUAGAAUAGAGUGCACCGGCCCUGCUGGUUUUAAUUCCAGAUGUCCAGUGAACAUCAGAUUUACAGCUGAGACCCUGGUGCAAGAGUACAGCUAUGAAUUAUGGGCCAGUUCACCAGACAUCUGUUACACUCCAGUUUUCUGUAAUUCCCACACCACCCCAUGUGUUUAUUGAAAAACAGCUAGACAAGUUGUAAAACUCAACUCACAGGUUUUCGGUUAGACCCUGCCAGCAGUUAUUGGCAGUCACAACCAAACAUUUAAUAAUUGUUCUUCUUUUAAAAUGUUUCUAGGAAGGCCAACAUUAAGUCUGAACAAAGAACAUUUUAUUCCCACUUGUUCAAAUUCAUCUCUGACAUCCUGACAUUAGUUAUUACUAUGUAAAUUUAUAACCACUCCUGUUCCAAACUCUAACAAGAUGAACUCAGAAUGGUGCUUCACUGAUUCAGCAUUGCAUUUCCAUAAAGCUGAAGGACUCAGGAGACAUGUUUAAAAACCCAAACAGAAAGUUCCAUCUAGAUCUCCCCGGCCUUUGGCACCAAACUACUUUGACAAAGUUCAGCACAGAAACUUCAUUGGAGCUUCAAAAUGCUCAGCUCACUGAGGACAUCGUUGGACUACUUUUAGUGUCCAUACCUUUCAUAAACCUUGGUGUCUUUCUGAAUUUUCCCCACAUUCACAUGGCUUGAUUUAAUGUUCACAGUUGGAGUGCAUCAUCUGCAGAGUGGGGUUGAGCUGUUCACUCUUCUCUCUUCAACCUCUUCUUACUCUCACAGUUUUUACCCUUUUUUUUUUCAACAAAACUUCAAAAACUUCUUUCCAACGAUGUAAGUAUCUAAGCAAAAUGUCUUGCACAUUUUGUGCUGUGAGCCUCAAAGUGAUGGGAAUGACAUCCAUCAUCCCAUUGACACCAAUGUUAACUGAGACCUUCAAUUGCAGGAACCCUUUCUCUCACGAUAUAAAAAUAUCAAGGUGAUAGGAAUUACGCUUUUUGAAUGUGAGUGUAUCCUCUCUUGUUGGCAGUUACAAUCACCAUUGCAACUGUUAAUUGCAGGUGUGUUAAAUUUGGUGUCAUUAACGCCCUGGAAAACAGGGUUACUAAACAGUAGAAAGUCCAGCGACACUUCGUCGCAUUUGGUCCAAAAAGGGUUGAAAAUGAACACGAUCUUAAUGGAUGUAGUGGGUUUUUUGUUUUGCUUUUUUAAUCUAGCAGGAAAAGGGGCAUUAGCUGGCUUAUUUGAUCUCUAUGAUGUUGCAGUAGUUUUAUUGCAGGUUUUAAAAAUACAUUUUAACCUGCUAUUUCAACUCCUAUCAUGCCCUCCUGCCUAUUAUUUGACCUCUAGCAGGUGAUCAAUCUCACCAAGGAGUUCCUUAGCAGAUAACUUGGCUGGUGGAUUCUUAAUUGGCACACACACAAGCAAAGCAAGUCUCGGCCCUUCAAAGAAGGACAAAUACACAUAUACGUGUCCACAUACACCAGGAGUAACACAUCCUUGCAUACUUUUCUAAAUGCAUAAAAACAAUUAGUAUUUUGUGAAACUGCUGCCACCUCAUAGAUGGCAGCAGUUACUGGUUUCCAAGCUGGAGGUCCUGACCCCCACUAGGGGUCACCAAAGCUUCACUGGGCCUUCUUAACAAAGAAAACAUAAAACU